AUGAUUUUGUCACCGGCGACGAGGGCCACGAGUUCGAACAAGAUUCAUUCAACGCAGAGCUUCUUCAUAAAGUCCCAAGUCCCAACCAACUACUUCCACUUUGCUCCCCCAAAACUCUAUCAUAUCUGCUGAGAUUUCACAACCCUUUUGUAUUCAGUGGCUAGCUUUACGCCUAUUAUGGCGCCCUCCAAGCUCUAUCUUUUCCUUCUUCUUUCACUCUUCUUUGCCCUAAUCUUCACUCCAAGUCAAGCCAACAGUGACGUUGAACAAGUUGUAGUUGGAUCCGACAACUCUGAUUCGUUUCGAAUCGAAUUGGAUAAACUCACCUCCAAGAUCCACUCACUUGAAUCACUGAUUGACGAGAGGAAUCAAGAGUUAAAAAGCAAGGAUGAGACCAUUGCUCAGAAAGAGAAGACAAUUGCAGAGAAAGAUAAGACCGUUGCAGAGAAGUCAGAUAGCAUUACAUCGUUGCAAAGUGAGGUAGCUAAGCUUGAGGUUAAAGUGUCUUCAGAUGCUAAUGCACAAGCCAAAAAAGCUCAGGCACGUGCUCGUGAAUUGGAGAAGCAGGUAGAGAAACUCCAAAUGGAGAUGGAAUUGAAGAACAGCUUAAGGGAGGCCUUGGAAACCCGCACAAAAGAACUGGAGAAGAAGAUGCUUGAUCUAAACCCAAAGCUUCAGGAUCUUCAACAAGUUGUUGAUGAACAUAAGACAAAGCUUCAUAAAACUGAACGUGCUCUUAAAAUUGCUGAGGAGGAACUUAAGAAGGCGAAAUUUGAAGCAACAUCGAAAAUUAAAGAACUGACAGAGGUUCACAGUGCAUGGUUACCACCUUGGCUUGCAGCUCGUUUAGUUGGUUUUCAGGGUUAUGCAGAGAGCCAGUGGAAAGAGCAUGGAAAACCUGCUUUCGAGUCCUUUAUGCAAAAGGCUUUGGAGAAAAAGGCACAAGCUGAAAAAUGGGUUGAACCUCAUAUGCAGACGAUUAAAACUAAAUGGGUCCCAGCUGCUAGGGAACAAUGGGCGUUGGUAAUAACUAAUGUCGAGCCACAUAUGCAAUCACUGACCAAAAAGACUAAAGAGGUUUAUGUUCAAUCUAAAGACGCUCUAGCUCCACAUAUGAUCAAAAUUAAGGAAGUUGUAGACCCACACUUUCAGAGUGCCAAGAAAGUCUGCAAGCCAUACAUUGAUGAUAUUGCCACUGCAACAAAGCCUCACCUCGAUAAAGCAUGGGAAACAGUGGCUCCUUACACAAAUGAGGCAGUUCAAGCUUAUGGGAGGUUUCUUGAAUCUGCAACCAAAUACCAUCAUCAGGUUCAAGGCAUCGUUGAAGAAUCACUGAAGAAACAUGAAAUUUUCAAAGCUUUUGCAACCAAGGAGUUGGUUUGGUUUGCUGCGUCCGCAUUGUUGGCGCUGCCUAUCAUCAUCCUGUUCAAAACUUUGUCGGCCAUCUUUUUUAAAAAGGCGAAAAGACCAAAUCACAAUCCUAACCAACCACGUCGCAAGGCUAAACGUGCACAUCCAGACAAGUAGUAAUACACGGGAAGAUCAAUGCUUUUCUGUGAACAUGAAUUUGAGAUAGAAUCGAUACCAUCUGGGUGCAUGGAAGAUCUAUAUAUUGUUUCUGAAGGCUGCUGUUGUAUGAUUUAUUGUAAUAGUAAUAUAUAGAAAAUAACGAUCAGGAAGGUAUAACUAAUAGUAUUAUGGAAGGGGGGGGGGUUGUCGUGUGUGUGUGUGUUAUAGUCAUUAUUUGCUUCACAUCUUAGUUUAGGUGAUUGAAUGCUUCUACUAGAAUGAUGGAGUAGAGGACUGGUCUUUAUAUCUCAUUUUAUAUCAUAUUUUCGAGUGAGAUAUAUUGAGCUGGUUUGAUUUGGUUUAA